ACUUUCUACCAACAGAUCAUUGGUCCAUCUAGCCCCCCCACUGGCAGUGGUUCUCCAACCAUGAAGUAAUAAAACUGGAGAUAACAAGGACUGAGCCUGGGACCAUGUGCAUUUGCACCACGUGCUUUGACACUGAGCCGUGUGAUGACAGCUCUCACUAAGCAGAAUAUUUCCACUGAAUCAUCUUUAAAAAAGGAAGCUUUAUCCAACUUCAAAUGUCUACCAUAAAUCUGUUUCUGAAGCCAAAGGAAAGAAAACUCAGGAUUGUAAACAGGAUGAUGAUUACAGAAUUACUGUUUAAAGAUGUGAACAUGUGUGAGAUGUAGCUCUCACAAUUAUUGUGCACAUUCUUAUUUUUGUUUUAGCCAGCUGGGAACAGCCUAUGUUUCUGCCACCACAGGUGCUGUUGCAACUGCUCUAGGACUAAAUGCACUAACAAAGCACCAAGGAACCCAUGGCCUUCCAGAUGUUGGUGUUACUCACUACUGGCCAGACUAGCUGAGCAAGAAGAGAAUUGGAAGUCCCAACAGCAUCUGGAUGGCCGCAAGUUCUCUACCUCUGGUUUUUAUCAAUGCUAUCAAGACACACUUGCUCCAGUGACAUAUAUUCUCUGAUGUUUUGUUGUACAGUAUGUUCUUCCAAUCAGCUUGUCUUAAAAGAAGAGCUGCUAUUGCUCAGUGGUAACACAUUAAAGUUUGAGAUAAGAAUCGAGGGGGAAAGAAAUAUACAAACUCUUACCUUCUUCGAGUAACGGUCCUCUCCUUUUUCACAGCAUGUCUCACCUCUUAUAGGACGUUUUGUUCCUUUUGCUGCUGUUGCUGCUGCUAACUGCAUUAAUAUCCCAUUAAUGAGGCAAAGGGAACUAAAGUAUGGUAUUCCCAUUACAGACGAAAAUGGAAACAGAUUGGGCGAAUCAUCCAAAGCUGCUCAACAGGCCAUAGUGCAGGUGGUUAUCUCAAGGAUCCUAAUGGCUGCUCCAGGCAUGGCCAUUCCCCCAUUCAUAAUGAAUUCUUUGGAAAAGAAAGCAUUUUUAAAGAGGUUCCCAUGGAUGAGUGCCCCCAUUCAAGUGGGUUUAGUUGGCUUCUGUUUGGUGUUUGCAACUCCAUUAUGCUGUGCCCUAUUUCCACAAAAAAGUUCUAUGUCUGUAACACGUCUGGAGCCUGAAUUACAAGCCAAGAUCCAAGAGAUCAAACCUGAAUUGAAGUGUGUGUUUUUCAACAAAGGAUUAUAGAAAGCAUGGAAAACAUCAACAUAUCUCUCAAUGGCAAUUAGAUAAAUCUGUUUUUGAUUGUGACAUCCUUGAUGAAGACAACUCAGUCCUGACAUACUCAUUCAAUUUCACAGUUUUUGACAGUGAUUAUUUCAUUUUACAAGAGAACUCUCAUAAUUAUCAUUUUAGAUUGUUGUCAGUUCCAUUUCCAGAUUGUCUACUUUGUACACACCAGAUUUCUUCAGCUGCAAUUAUUCUAAAUAGUUUCCAUUAAUGUUUAAGUUGCUAGAGGACUAAAUCCAACAUUAGUCCUACCCUAGUUAAUACUUGGAUGGGAAACUGCCAACAUAUAACAGGUGCUGUAGGCUAUAUUUCAGAGGAAGGAAUAUCCCUCUUGAGUAUUCCUUGCUUAACAAAACCCUAUCAAAUUCAUGGAGUCAACAGGUAAUUUGAGGAAGCAUAAGCAUACACACAAAGUUUCCCCAUUGCAAUCAACGUCACCCCACAAGUUAUGACUCACAGGCCCACUUGUUUCAAAGGGUCUGUAAAAGGUAGGAUCAAUAUUGGAUUUAGUCCUAAAUUUCUUCCAAAAAUAAAGUCACAGACACAAUGUAAUGAAAUAGACAUUUGGUGUCUAUUUUAAAUUUUUCCUAUACGAGAAGAGAAAGGACAACUACAUAUUUACUAUUAUAUUUGUAUCUACAGUUUAUAUGAUUUUACUCUAUUGGAUUAUCUUCUGAGACAGUCCAAGUGUGAUGCUGUGGUGUCUACUGAGAACUGGCUUCAUGGGUUGCCUUAUCUCUGUGAGAAAAUCUAAAUGCUAUGGAGCAAUGGAAAGACAUUUUUUCAAAUGACCUCUGGAGUGACUUCCCAUGACUUGUUUAUCCCUUGACUAUUAUAACUAAAACUACCCCUUGAAAUUUGUAUGGAAUUGGCAAUCAUAGAUCAACUAUGGAAUUGGUAAUCAUAGAUCACCUAUGGAUUAUUUAUGUGUUGAGCAGGGUACUUGUCUCAGGACCAUUAUAAUACCUCUUCAUGUAUGCUGCUCAUAAGGAACUGUGUAUUUUUUAGUGUGUUCUCAUGUUAAAAUUUCCCUGCAUGUGUGAAGCUAGGCACACCAUAUUAAUUCUGCAAAAGGAAGAAAAUAUUGCCUUGUUCAACCUUUUGAAUUAGCUCUCUGUCAUGGUGCUUACGUUCUAUAGCAGUGGACAAGAUCCUAUAGAUAUUUUCUAAUGAGUGCCAAACCUGCCUGUUUAUUAAUGAGUUUCAGCUGCCUUGGCUAGAAAUAGGAAUAUAUCCAUUUUCUAUUCUGGUCUUAUUUUUAUAUAAAGUUCUUGCAAGAUUCUUGAAGCAAAACCCCAAAAUCCAUUCAGACAAUAAUUUUAUUAGGACCAACCAAAUGGCAGAGAGGUAUGCAACUUCAUGACAGAAAUCCUAAUAGAAAAAAAGUAGGUGAUAGAGUGCAGCUCGAAAAGUUGGGACAGGUGUGAUAGAUACAGUACACUGUUUCUCAAGGUAGAGGUUGCAGACUGAAUGAAUCACUGAUAGGUAUCACUUUGCAUCUAGCAAUGUAUAUGGAGAAAAAAUGGUUAUUGCUUAAGAAUUCUGGAGAAUUUGAAAGAUUCCACACUUUUGUGGAACUAAACAAGGUAAUUUCCCAUUUAUGCAUUUCAUUGCUAAAUCCAAUUGUAUGGAAAUGCAUUCAUGCUCCAUGCUAUUAUGUAAGUACCCUGUUUCAAGAUCCCACACAAACACACACACACACACACACACAUAAAAUGGUAUAUAAUUUUAAAAACAUACUGAUAGUUGUUGAUCAGUGGUUUCAUUCUCUUACGAAACACAGGCAAAGCAUCUGAUCAUGGCACUUUUAAUCCAUUGCUUAUUGAUUUAACACUUUUUAAUAUAUUUUGUCAUCCUUACGUAUACAAUUGUCCCGUGAGGGUGCUAUUAUUUCCCAUCUUACAGAUGUGUGAAAUGAGACAACAGACUAGUGACUUGCUCCAAAUAAACCCAACUGGCAAUUAGAAGUCAGCUUCCAAAACUCUGCCCAGUGAAUUAUGCUGGUGCAUUUAGCCUCCAAAAUUAGAAUAUUAUCUCUGUGAACAUUCCACUGUAAUUUCAUUUUGUCUGAUCCACAUGCAGUCUUGACAAUUAUUAUUUAAGGUGCAGUAUUUUAAAUGUAAGGUCACCCCCUUUCACUGAUAUGACUACAUCUAGCUUUGAACUCAAUAACAUCAGUAUUAAGUAUAAACAUUUAACAUCUCUGUACAUGUCUAAAAUAAUGUAAACAAUCAAUAAGCCUUGUACUACCUGUGUGGUAGCAAACUUAUAGUUUAGUUACUGUCCAAAUGUGUUAAGGAUAAUAUAGAAGUUUUUUUUUUUU